AGACAUAGACAUAGACAUAGACAUAGGACUUAUUCACUCACCCGUGGAUGACCCAAACCCUAGUUCUGUUUCCUCUGACCGCUUCUGUUGGCUGUAAAAAGGCAUUAGCUUUCGAGUUUUUUAUGCUCGAAUCUGGGUACUGCUUUUGGUGCUCCUGCCAUUGAUGUGAAGUCGAUGUGGUGGUUGGGGAUUAAAUCUGGGAUCUUUGUGCAAUUGGAUCUUGCGCUGUUGUGUUGAAUUCGUGGGAGAUUAGGCGUCUUUUUGGGUGUUUUCUCUUUCUUUUCUUUUGAGAAUGGUGGGUUUAUCAUUUGACAGUAGUAAGGUAUAAUAGGUAGAAAAGAUGUCGUUCAAGAGUCUGAUUCAGGAGAUGCGAGGAGAGCUGGGGAGUAUAUCGAGGAAAGGAUUUGAUGUGAGAUUCGGGUAUGGUAGAUCGAGGUCUCAACGUGUGGUUCAGGAUACUUGUGUUCCCGUGGAUGCUUUCAAGCAGAGCUGUUGGGCAAGUAUGCCUCCGGAGCUCCUCAGGGAUGUUCUCAUGAGGAUUGAGGAAUCCGAAGACACUUGGCCUUCUCGGAAGAACGUUGUUUCUUGCGCUGGUGUUUGCAGGAACUGGCGUGAUAUCGUCAAAGAGAUCGUCAAGGUUCCUGAGCUUUCCAGCAAAUUGACUUUCCCAAUCUCCCUCAAGCAGCCUGGCCCAAGAGGAUCACUUGUUCAAUGCUAUAUCAUGAGGAACCGCAGCAAUCAAACUUACUAUCUAUACCUCGGGCUAAACCAAGCAGCAGCUUCAAAUGAUGAUGGAAAGUUCCUUCUUGCUGCAAAGAGGUUUCGGAGGCCAACUUGCACUGACUACAUUAUCUCCUUAAACUCUGAUGAUGUCUCGAGAGGAAGCAAUACCUAUAUCGGAAAGCUAAGGUCCAAUUUUCUGGGGACCAAGUUCACUGUCUAUGAUGCCCAGCAGACGAAUCCUGGAGCUCAGGUUACCAGAACCCGUUCAAGCAGACUUCUCAGUCUGAAACAAGUGAGCCCGAGAAUUCCAUCUGGCAACUAUCCUGUUGCACAUAUCUCAUAUGAGCUUAACGUCUUGGGUUCCAGAGGACCGAGGAGGAUGCAGUGUGUAAUGGAUGCCAUCCCUGCAUCAGCAGUAGAACCUGGAGGAACAGCUCCAACUCAGACGGAACUUCUCCACAGCAGUCUCGAUAAUUUCCCGUCCUUCUCCUUCUUCAGGUCGAAAUCAAUUCGAUCAGAGAGUCUCCCUUCGACUGCUCAAAAGGAAGGGCUCCUUGUCCUGAAGAACAAAGCGCCCAGAUGGCACGAACAACUCCAGUGCUGGUGCCUCAACUUCAAUGGGAGAGUCACUGUUGCCUCCGUCAAAAACUUUCAGCUCGUAGCUGCUCCUGAGAACGGACCAGCUGGACCUGAGCACGAAAACGUGAUUCUCCAGUUUGGGAAAGUGGGCAAAGAUGUCUUCACAAUGGAUUACCAGUACCCUAUCUCUGCCUUCCAGGCCUUUACCAUUUGCCUUAGCAGCUUCGACACCAAGAUAGCUUGUGAAUGAUUCCAACAACCCACACGGCGGGUUUAUUUAGUUGUAUCAUCAUGUUGGAUAGAAAGAAUUGCUUUGGCCUCGUUAUUUAAGAAGUGUGUGUACAUAGUUUCAACCAAGUCUUGGCAAAGUCCAUACUAAGAGAGACUCAAAAUCGAAGACAGUCAGUAGAAACUGUUUGUUGUUGUUGUUGUUGUUCUGUUUUGUCCUCUAGUGAUUGUAGUUCCAGACUAUGAUUUCAUUUCUUUGAUAAUUGAUCUGAUCGCGUUUUUUUUCUAGUA